AUGAUGGUUGAUAAAGCAAUGGUGAGGAAGCUCUCUGCUUGUGAGACCAUGGGCUCUGCUACCGUCAUUUGUACUGACAAGACAGGCACUCUCACCAUGAAUGAAAUGAAGGUGACUAAGUUUUGGUUGGGUGAAGAACCUGUGGCAGAGGAAGCUUUUUCAUCUAUAUCUCCAUAUGUUCUUAAUUUGAUCCAAGAAGGGGUUGCUCUGAAUACAACUGGUAGCGUAUACAGGCCUAGUACCGAUUCAGAAAUUGAAAUCUCAGGCAGUCCUACUGAGAAGGCUAUUCUUUCGUGGGCGGUACAUGGAUCGAAGAUGGAUAUGCAGAAAGUGGUGAAGAGUUGUACCAUUCUCUACGUUGAGGCCUUCAAUUCACAGAAGAAACGAAGCGGGGUUUUGAUGAAGAGGAAGGCUGACAACAAUACAAUUCAAGCACAUUGGAAAGGAGCUGCUGAGAUGAUACUAGCAAUGUGCACAAGUUACUACAAUGCCUCUGGACUUGUUAUAAAUAUGGAUGACAAUGCAAAAAUGAGAUUUGAGCAGAUUAUUCAAGGUAUGGCAGCUAGCAGCCUCAGAUGCAUUGCAUUUGCACAUAAAGAAAUUCCAGCAGAGGAGCAAGUGGAUGAACGGGACCACAAAGCUUUGCUAAAAGAAGAUGGAAUGACUCUAUUAGGACUUGCUGGUCUUAAAGAUCCAUGCCGUCCCGGGGUGAAGGAAGCAGUUGGAGACUGUCAAUAUGCAGGGGUAAAUGUCAAAAUGAUCACAGGUGACAAUGUUUUCACUGCAAAAGCCAUAGCCACAGAAUGUGGGAUACUCAAGCCUAAUCAGGACAUGUUCAGUGGAGCAGUGGUAGAAGGUGUGCAAUUUCGCAACUACACGCCGGAAGAGAGAAUGUUGAAGGUGGAGAAAAUCUGCGUAAUGGCAAGGUCGUCUCCAUUUGACAAGCUUCUAAUGGUGCAAUGCUUGAAACAGAAAGGCCAUGUGGUUGCAGUGACAGGUGACGGCACGAAUGAUGCACCAGCGUUGAAAGAAGCUGAUAUAGGACUUUCUAUGGGAAUUCAAGGCACAGAAGUUGCCAAAGAGAGCUCAGAUAUUGUGAUCAUGGAUGACAACUUUGCAUCAGUGGCCACAGUUUUGAAAUGGGGAAGAUGUGUUUACAAUAACAUCCAGAAGUUCAUCCAAUUUCAGCUCACUGUCAAUGUUGCUGCUCUUGUGAUCAACUUUGUAGCAGCAGUUUCAGCAGGUGAAGUCCCAUUAACAGCAGUUCAAUUGUUGUGGGUGAAUUUGAUCAUGGACACACUAGGUGCUCUUGCUCUUGCCACUGAGAAGCCCACAAAAGAACUCAUGGAGAAGAAACCAGUGGGAAGGACUGAGCCUCUAAUCACCAACAUCAUGUGGAGGAACCUCUUGCCUCAAGCACUGUACCAGAUUGCAAUCCUCCUGACCCUGCAAUUCAGAGGCAAAUCAAUCUUUGGUGUGGAUGACAAGGUAAAGGACACCUUGAUCUUCAACACUUUUGUGCUGUGCCAGGUGUUCAAUGAGUUCAAUGCAAGGAAGCUUGAGAAGAUGAAUGUGUUCAAGGGAAUUCACACCAACAAAUUGUUUCUGGGGAUCAUUGCAGUGACAAUUCUGCUUCAGGUGGUGAUGGUGGAAUUUCUCAAGAAGUUUGCAGAUACAGAGAGGUUGAACUGGGGGCAAUGGGGUGCAUGUAUUGGAAUUGCAGCUGUUUCUUGGCCAAUUGGUUGGGUUGUCAAGUCUAUACCUGUACCAGAGAAACCCAUUUUCAGCUAUCUGAAGAUGAAAAAACAUAAGAAGAACUCCAUUUGA